GGAGCAUAUGUGAACGGCUAGGUCGGGAGAAUCUCCGGAGAACUCCUCCUGUACUUAUCUAGAUAUUAUCUGGAGUGCAGAUGUCAAAAAGGCUUUACUGAAGACAAAUUCCAUGUGUGUUGGUGAGGGUCCAGACUUUCUUCAGUCAUGUCGGUGAGGGAGUCCUUUAACCCUGAAAGCUACGAGCUGGACAAGAACUUUAGGCUCACACGCUUUGCAGAGCUCAAGGGCACAGGCUGCAAGGUACCUCAAGAGGUGUUACAGAAACUGCUAGAAACCCUGCAGGAGAACCACUACCAGGAGGAUGAACAGUUUCUGGGGGCAGUUAUGCCUCGAUUAGGCAUAGGCAUGGACACAUGUGUGAUCCCCCUCAGACAUGGAGGCCUUUCUCUGGUCCAAACAACAGACUACAUCUACCCCAUCGUAGACGACCCCUACAUGAUGGGAAGAAUCGCUUGUGCCAACGUUCUAAGUGACCUGUAUGCGAUGGGAGUGACAGAGUGUGACAACAUGCUGAUGCUUCUCGGAGUCAGCAACAAAAUGUCAGAGAAGGAGAGAGAUAAAGUCAUGCCGCUGGUCAUCCAGGGAUUCAAAGACGCAUCGGAGGAGGCAGGCACGUCUGUAACAGGAGGACAAACAGUGCUCAACCCCUGGGUGGUGAUGGGAGGUGUUGCAACGACAGUCUGCCAGCCCAACGAAUUCAUCAUGCCGGACAACGCAGUGCCAGGAGACGUGUUGGUGUUGACAAAGCCUCUUGGAACACAAGUGGCCGUUGCAGUACACCAGUGGCUCGAUAUUCCUGAGAAGUGGAACAAGAUCAAACUGGUGGUGACUCAGGAAGACGUCGAGCUGGCGUACCACGAGGCCAUGAUGAACAUGGCUCGACUCAAUAGGACAGCGGCUGGUCUCAUGCACACCUUCAACGCUCACGCAGCGACAGACAUCACGGGGUUCGGCAUCCUCGGGCACGCACAGACGCUGGCACGGCAACAACGCAGUGAAGUGUCAUUCGUAAUCCACAACCUCCCGGUGCUCGCCAAGAUGGCCGCUGUGUCUAAGGCCUGUGGAAACAUGUUUGGACUCAUGCAUGGCACCUGCCCGGAAACAUCAGGAGGGCUGCUCAUCUGUCUGCCUCGGGAGCAGGCCGCACGCUUCUGCGCCGAGAUCAAAUCCCCGAAAUACGGCGAGGGCCACCAAGCGUGGAUCAUCGGGAUCGUAGAGAAAGGAAACCGCACCGCUCGCAUCAUCGACAAACCCCGGAUCAUAGAGGUGGCACCGCAAGCAGCCACGCAGAAUGUCAACCCAACUCCUGGUGCAACCUCUUAAUCCUCCCCCUCUUCUUUUUGCUGCGUCGGAACCCAAAAACCGGAACCCAGAAGAUCUGAUUUUUUUAGAUACAUAAACUGCAAAAAAAAAAAAAACAUCCUAGAGUGUUGAAAUAUAUACACAUAAAGUAGUACUUACACAGAAGAGACUGUGUUGACGUGUAUCUACAUGACAAGCAGCCCCACACAGUGGCUCUAAAGGGGCAUGACAUCACCAAGUGGACUCUACCUGCAGUAACCACAUGAAAAAAAAAAAAUAGAGCAUACUUAAAAAAAAAUCCAUUUGCCUUUUGUGUCCGUUUUAUUCUGUUUUUGUUUGAUAUGUGUGAAUGCCGGGCAGCUUCUGAGUAGAGAGUGCUGUUGAUACAGAUGUUAAUACGGUUGAUUCAAUUUGAAUCUUAGGAAGUUUGUUGUUUGUUGCCUCUCUGGGUCUCAUCCAGCAAGCGGCCCAUGUGACCAUGUUUAUGUUUGUCCAUUCACUUUGUACAGUUAAAAAAGCUUUAGUUUUAGUUCAUUGAUGUAACUGAUGCCUUGAAAGAAACUUGAGUGUGACCAGAAUGGUUUGUUUUUUUAUUACUUUGACUUUUUGUAUUGCCCCCUCCUGAACUAAUAAAUAUUCAAUUAGAA